CGUAUCAAAAUAAGACAUUUCCACCAUGAAGCAGGUGGUGUGCUUGUUGUUCGUGGCAAUAUGCUUGUUCAGAUCGAAUGGUUUAUCAGUUGUAACAGACAAUAGCAUGCAUAACUCAACAGACAUCGACUUCAGUACACUUGAUACGAAGAGCGUCGAUGUGUUCCGACAGUUACUAAAUCAGGAGACGUUGAUCCGAAUGACAUUGGUGAAAAAUGUCCACGUUUUGAUGAAGGACAUGGUGUCCUUGCAACAAAGCCUUGUGUCUGCAGAAAGCGAAAUUUCGUCACUUAAAGACACAACCGGCAGAGAAAUAACCGAACUGAAGAAAGAGUUACAGUCCCUGAAGUUCCAGAACAAUAAACUGAAUGACGAAAUUACCAAAUGUAAUGAAAAUAUUUUCUCUUUAAAAGAAAAUAUCACGGAAAUGGACGAAAAUCACCGUGUGUUCGAAAAACAGCUAUCUGACGAAAAACGAAAGUUUGAACGGAACACAUCAGGAGUACUUGCUGACCUUAAAAUCGAGGUUCGCUAUUUGUCCACUACACUUUUGGAUCUGAAUAAACACACUCUGCAAAUAGAUAAAAAUAUACCUGAACUCGUUGAAAACAAAUAUAUGAUGAUCUCAGAGAGAGUUAAUGAUUCCAUGGCCAUGUAUAGCAGAGAAAUGAGAAGCACGGGUAGAAAACUGACAACUGCCUUGUCAGACCUAGAAAGAGUGCAACAGAGCAUGGCAAAGUCAUUAUUCGAUGAUUUGAACAGCACAGUUAGUAGCGUAGAAGCAGAAGUGAAGAAGGUUGAAUAUGAACAACUAAAACUCUCGUCUACUGUGUCAUCUUUAGAGGUGUUCCGAAUGAAUGUUACUAACAACCACUGCGGCUUGUCGACUAAAGUCGCCUUUACCGCUACGAUAACGUCAAGCUCCUCUUCGUGGACCGGUGGUACACUGGUUUUUCCCCAGGUGAUAAACAACGUGGGUGGGGGCUACAACACCGGGACAGGGAUCUUCACUGCCCCCAUGGGAGGGCACUAUGUCUUCUUUGUCAGUGUACAAAGUUUCAAUACUGAGGAAAUUUGGGUAGAUAUUGUACUGAAUGACAAUUCCCAGGUCAGAACGAUGGCAUAUGACCAAGUUGACAAUGAUUAUUAUGAGACCGGAGUUAACCUGGUUGUUCUAAGAUUGGACAAGGGAGACACGGUGUGGGUUAAACGUUACAAGGGUAAAGGUUACUAUUCCGAGAGUGUACCAAUCACAACCUUCUCUGGAUUCCAGUUGUAAAUGAAAUAAUACAUAAAGAUGUUGAUGACAUCGUCAGAUGACAAUCCUGUAAAUGAUAAUUACGAAUAUGAAUGAUAAAUACAUUGAGAACAAUCAAGAGAGAUGUCAUGUCAAUUUCCCUCUGGUGACGUCAUUGUAUUUAUGAACAGUGUACAUAUGUUCAUGUGCAUCCACAGUAAUAUAUAUGAUUUCAAGUUUGGACAAUGGUUUGAAACAUAAGUUAUGAAAAUGCGAUAUGUUAAUGACAGUAACAACACAUUCAUUCAAAAUGAUUAAAUCAGAUCAAUGCGUGC